GGCUCUGACGUGAACCAGACCCCGCGACACCGAAAACAGCGUUGCGGGGCCAGUGGCACCCAGAGCCAUCCACAAACCGGGGCCCCCCAGGCCGCCUCAGGUCACCCGGGGACCCUUUGUAAACGCAGGGUCCUGAGCGCGAAACACACCCCCAGCCCCUGAAGUUCCCGGCGAUUCUGGUUCAGCCUGUUGGUGAUACCAGCUUCCGAGUGCCAGCCCCUGCUGAGGCUUCAGGCAGAUGCUCGUUCAAGUCUAACAAGAGGGUUCUGCUCUUGCCCCCGUUUUAUAGAUAAGGAACCCGCAGCUCAGUUGGACUUCUCCAGGGUCCAUCCUCCAGCAAGUGUGGCGAUGGAGCCCAGCUCCUGCUGAGCUGCGAGGCCGCACGUUCACCAUCACGGUGUCCUUCCUUCCUUGUAACGUCACUGUCCUUAUCAAGGACAUCAGCCCUCGCCUGAACCAGGUCCUUCACUUGUGCGCUGAGCCGCACCACAUUCCUGCGUGCUUGCCACCCCCACCUGCCUGUGAGCCUUUGCCCUGACUACAGGCCUCCAGGCCAAGUACCUGGCCCAGAUCAUCGUGAUGGGGGUACAGGUGGUGGGCAGAGCCUUUGCCCGGGCCCUUCAGCAGGAGUUUGCAGCGAGCCGGGCGGCAGCUGAUGCCCGAGGACGUGCGGGACACCAGUCUGCAGCUGCCUCCAACCUCUCCGGCCUCAGCCUCCAGGAGGCCCAGCAGAUUCUCAAUGUCUCCAGGCUGAGCCCCGAGGAGAUCCAGAAGAACUACGAACACCUAUUCAAGGUGAACGACAAGGCCGUGGGCGGCUCCUUCUACCUGCAGUCCAAGGUGGUCCGAGCCAAGGAGCGCCUAGAUGAGGAACUACGGAUCCAGGCCCAGGAGAACAGAGAGAAAGACCCCAAAACGUGACCACUGGGCUCCUCCCACCCGCCCCGCCCCCUCUAAUUUAUAGCUCGGUAAUAAAUGCUUUUUCCACAUUCUUGAGUUUGCACAUCCAGAUGCCAGCAGGCAGGCUGCUCUUCCUGCCAGCUGCAGGCA